AUGGCAACGUGGACGGCGACGGCCGCGCGGGCCCGGGCCCUGGCAUUGGCGCUCUGGGGCUGGGCGCUGGCCCCGGCGGGGGCCUUGGACGCUAUGGGCCCCCACGCGGCCGUCCGUCUGGCCGAGCUGCUGACCCCGGAGGAGUGCGACCAUUUCCAGUCGCUCCUGAAGGUGCCCGAGCCGGACGUCGAGGCCGAGCUGGCCCGGCUCUCUGAGGACCGGCUGGCCCGCGCGGAGACGCCGGGGCCCACGUCCAAGCCGCCGGGCAGGCUGUGGCGGCUGUGGCGGCGGAAGCGGGCGGCGGCCGAGUCCGCGGAGGUGUCGGACGGCUGCCGGGAGAGGCUGGCGGACUGGCUGGCGGCCGAGGCCCCGACCCUCUCUUGGGACCGCGUGGCUCGGGCGCUGCGGCGCUGCGGCCGGCCGGACGUGGCCCGGGAGCUGGGCAAGAACCUCCACCAGCAGGCGACGCUGCAGCUGCGCAAGUUCGGCCAGGCCUACCUGCGCCCGCCGGCCGCCCCCCCCGACUGGGACCAGCUGCAGCUGAUCGUGGAGCGUCUGCCCCAGGCACCGUACGAGCGCAACCCCGCCGGCUGGGUCGGGCCGCUGGCGCUCGGCCUCCUCACCGGCUUCGUGGGGGCGUUGGGCGCCGGGGCGCUGUUCAUCACGUUCACGCUGUGGCUCACGGGCGGCGACGGCUACGGCCCCGGCUCCGGCCCCGGCCCUCCCCGGCGCAGGCCCGCCCAGGCGCGCGGCGGGCGGCCACCCAGGCCGCCCCUGUCUGCAAAGCAGCUCGAGCCGUCGAGGGCCCGGGAUGCACGCGGGCCGGUCCCCCCUCGCCUCAGUGCCCCCGGCCGUAAAACGGGAGCGCAGCCCCGGCAGAGUGCCGUCUUCCCCGUAUCAUAA